AUGAAGACGUUUCAGAUGAGCAAGCCUGAAAUAACACAUGCAAUAUUUGAUUUGGAUGGGACAUUGCUUGAUUCAGAAAUUAUAUAUAAACAAAUAUUUAUAAAAGUUAUGGCAAAAAUUGGGAAAGUGUUUACUGACGAUGUAUAUACUGCUGUAACUGGUCUUCCAAGGGUCCCAGCGAUGAAGAUUUUUCAUAAAAUGAUGGCUCUUGAUGGUACAAUGACUAUUGAUGAUCUGGGAAACGCGAUAGAUGUUGAGUGUCAAACAGAAUUGCCCAAAAGUCAGUUGAUGCCUGGUGUUCUCCGGAUAAUACGACAUUUGGCAUCGUGUAAAAUUCCAAUGGCUAUCUGCUCAGGCUCUCAACGUUGGGAAUGCAAUCUAAAGCUGCAGAAUCACAAAGAGGUUACGGACGUCAUGGCAAGCGUUGUAGCUAAUGACGAUCCUGAUAUCCACGAAGGUAAGCCAGCUCCUGAUGCUUUUCUGGUGACAAUGAAACGGUUUCCGUUGCCUCCAAAAUCACCUCAAAAUGUGUUGGUAUUUGAAGAUUCACCAAACGGUGUUCGUGCUGCUGUCGCAGCGGGCAUGCAUGUGGUGAUGCUUUGCGAUAGCAGGUUUUUUGCACCUCCAGAAGAGGUUUCAGAAAACAUUGAUAAAGUGGUAAAUAGUUUUGAGGAGUUUCAUCCUGAGGAUUUUGGUUUGCCUUCCUAUAGUCAUUAA